GAGGUCUCUUCUGUCGACCCUAACGGUCACGGAGAAGGGGCGGCUUUCAAAUUCGACGCGUACCUACAACGAUUUUCGGGUAUCAAUCGCUCUCUCGAAUUGUGUACGUUGUUGUUGAUCGUAAAUAGGCAAAGUCAAGUCUUACACAGUGUUGAAUGUUCAGAAAGGAAGUUAAUCACAAGCAGACGAUAAAACGAACGUUUCAGGAUGACUACGCUGUCUCUUUUGGCUACUUAUGACGAGCUGGUGAGGUGUACGAAUGUUUUGAUAAAUGGAUCCUGCGAGGAAGACUUCCAGCAAUGUGCUUUAAACCAAGAAGCAAUGAGACAGAAAUGGUCAGGAACGGAACAAGAGUGUGGACGACUUCUUGCGGCCUUAAAUAAAGCUCAAAAUGAGAUUGCAGGGCUUGACAAAAAAUUGUGCCACGCCAGAAGGAAGUUGGAAGAAGAGAAUCAUAAACGUCGCGUUGCCGAGGAACAGAGAGACGUAUUGGAAAGGCAAGUUGCCAUGGUCAGGAAUCUCCUGCUCAACGAUGGAGGAAGAAACCUGAAUGACGAAACUAGAGAGAAACUGCAGUUUCUCAAUAAUACCACUUUGAAUCGUCAGAGCAACGUACAAUAUCAAGACAUCAAUAUAGAUAAACUUAAUACAAUAGCAGAGUUAGAUUCUACGGGCUCGAUAUUGAGCGAUCUUAACUGUUUGUCAAAGUCGGAAAAUGAUAUAGAUGCCAGCAUUAUGCUACAACAUCACAAGAAACGAGAAUGGAAGGAACAUCGACCCAGCAGCGAGUACGCUCCGAAACACCGUCGCAGUACCCUGCAUAAAGUCGCGGACUUAAAUUCAUCUGACAAAAUAGUAGCGACUACCACUGUAGUUAUGCCGAAGGAUGGUGCGAUUACCGCAUCGUCUACGAUUGAAGCUAUACCCGGCGAUGAAAAUGCAGACCCCCAGGCUGCCCCGUGUAGCUCGCGCAAGCGACGCAAGAGCAGCACAGAGCACAGUAGAUCGAAGCUGUCGCAUAUGGAUAUGAAUAAAGUACCAGUGGACACCGCACCAUCGGCACCAAAGGCAGAUAUUAUUACGUCAACCUCGGACUCGGAAGAUGUCUAUAAACCAAGUCCAAAUAUUGGCGGAUAUACCUUGCAUACAAAAAUAUCAAGAAGUCAUAAUUUCACAGCUAAAACUGUUAUCAAGCCAGAGUUGUGCACACCUUGUGGUAAAAGAAUUCGAUUUGGAAAGAUUGUGCAAAAGUGCAGAGAUUGCAGAGCUACGGCCCACACCGAGUGCAAGGAUUUAGUGCCGCUGCCGUGUGUCCCAACAGGAAACACGCCUACGCUACGUGGAAUACCCGGCACCAUUGCUGAUUACACGCCUACGAUACCACCCAUGGUACCUUCCAUUGUAGUUCACUGCAUCAACGAAGUGGAGUUACGCGGAAUGAACGAACAAGGUUUGUACAGAGUAAAUGGAGCGGCCGUGGACACCAAAUCUCUCAAGGAGAAGUUUUUGAAAGGGAAAGGUGCUCCGAAUCUUUCCAACGUCGACAUCGCGACUAUCUGUUCUACCCUAAAAGACUUUCUCAGAUCAUUACGUGAGCCGUUGAUUACCGUUAGCUUAUUGGGAGAUUUCGUGCGCGCAACGACGAUGACCGACAAACAGGACGUUGACGUCGCUUUUUAUCAAGCGAUUUCCGAACUACCACAGCCGAAUCGCGAUACUCUGGCCUUUUUGAUAUUGCACUUGCAAAGAGUAUCGAGCAGUCCCGAAUGUAAAAUGCCCAUCAGUAAUCUCGCCAAGGUCUUCGGGCCGACUCUGGUUGGCUACAGCUCCCAGGAGCCAUCUCUCACGAUGCUUAGCGAAACCAAGCAGCAAGUUGCAAUAGUUGAAGGACUGCUCCAACUUCCAUCCGAUUAUUGGGCCACUUACGUAAACCCUGCGAGUUCAAGUGACGUCUGUACGCCGAAAACGGGAGAAUUGAAACAUACGCCAUCCACGGAAUCGCUUCUCAAACGUAGCAUCUCCCGUGGUUUCUUCAACACACCGCUUACCUCCAGCCACGCUUUUGCGAGAAAGAACAAAAAAUACUUUGCCACGCCACCUUCUAGAGCAGGAUUCUGAUAAGUAAAUCUCUCGUUUAUGUUGUAAGAACUUUUUCUACUUGCGCACAGUUUGACUCGAUAUUUAAUAUGCUUAUAUGUGUAUCCUUUUGUAAAUAUAUAUUAGUAUGC